UCUUACAAUGAUAACAUGUUUCGUACUUCUCUUAAGUUCUGACUUGUAUGAAUACUGAUAGUGCAUAUAAGCUGUGCAUGCAUCCUUUUAUCUUGCUUUAGAAGCAGGGUGUACAAAGUUGACGUGCAUCAGGAUUUUGAGAAAAGGCAGAACAUCAGGUAUCAGAAAGACCAGUGACUUACAGAUGGACUCGAUGGAUCUAUUCGGAGAAUUUUUCUCCUCUGAAUAUAUAGCGGACAAUCAAAAUCUAUCUGACAAUAUCCUUGACUCGAGUAUUAGUCCGGAAGAGGAAUUUUUGAACAUCUUGGAAUCGGCAGACGAAAUGGAUGACCUCGGUAUGUCGCUUCUUGAAAAUAAUCACGAUCUAAUAGACAUCAUGACACCGAUGUUUGCGACGCCAUUCUCGCCCGUGCCUUAUGAUAACAUAGAAUUUGUAGAUACCGACUUUCAACAAAUGCAUCAGCCAGUUGUAGAACAAGAAAAGCCUGAAACAACUAACUCCUUAUCUCCAUUGAAACAACUGCUUUUAAGUAAAACUAAAACACCACAAAAUAAGCCCAUGCCCACGCCGAAUAAGAUAUCUAGCAGGCGCGGCUCGGAGAGAAAUUCUAAAGCUUUGAAAUCGUCCAUGGAAAAUUCCAGAAAACAUACGAAGGAUUAUUCAGAGGAUUACAUAUCGCACUCAUCAACAAACACUUCCCAAGAAAUGAGUGGCGUAAAACGGGACAGAUCUAAAGGUAAAAACACGUCAAAAGCCCUGAAGUUCCCACCCUGUGCAGUAUGCGGGGGUAAAGCCUCUGGGUUACAUUACGGGGUCAAUAGUUGUGAAGCCUGCAAAGGCUUUUUCAGACGGUUCAUUAUACGAAAUGAAGAGUACAAAUGUGCCAAAGACGGUAAUUGUAAAGUUGUGAAUAAAAAUCGGGAAAACUGUUCUGGAUGUCGCUUGAAGAAAUGUCUUGAACUCGGUAUGUCGAAAGAAAACUCUAAAUUGGGGAGAUACUCUCUUUCUCGAAGAACAGAAACUAUCAAAAAGGUGAACGUCCUCGAAGGCAAAGAAAAGAAAACUGAAAAGGUGAAAACAUUUGAUGUUAAUUUAGAUUCUUUUAAAUUUGAUCAUACUUACAGCGAAAGCGAGAGCGGCAAAUCGUCUCCGAGUUUGCAUGAUAUCGUUCCCGAAGAUUGUUGCCCGGAUAAUCUUCUUCAAGAACUGGUCCGAGCGAUGGAGGAAAUUCAACCAUAUGGACCCAACAUAACCAGCAAUGAGCAGGUGCAGAGUGUGAUCAAAUAUCACCAUCAGCGUUACCAGAUCAAACUGCAGACCUAUGGGGAAAUGAAAGCUGUUCCAAAAGAUGAGUAUUACAAACUUUUAAAAGAAUAUGGGAUCGAUGUGGACGGAAGGAUUCAAGUGUUCAAAGAGUAUGUGCUGAAAAUCAAGCGACUAACGAAAAGUUAUUAUAACUUUGCGCAUCAAAUCCCAGGAUUCAAGAAAUUGCAGUCACGUGAUCAGUCAAAUCUUUUAAACGCUUUCCGAUGCGAUUUCUUCGUCAUACUGAUGCACGAGGGUUACAAUGAAGACUAUGGUGUGGUACUAGCGAGAAAUGGCGUUGCGUACCACGUUAAUGAACUGGCCGACAAGUGCUUCUCGAGAGAAUUUAUCACCAACAUCUGCGAAGCAUACGCCCGAUUUCAGAGCCUCGCCUUAAGUAAAGAGGAACAAUGUCUUCUAAUGGCGCUGACCUUGACCUUUACUGAUCGCUGUAACCUUGGAGAUCCAGAAUUCGUUGACAAGAUCCAGUAUCUCGUAUCGGAAGUGAUACGUUAUCAUCUUGAACGAACGGUUGGACCACAAGCGCAACAAAGGUUCGCUAAGUUUGUAGACAGUCUUGUUUUCCUUAGAGAAGUUUCUGAACAAUACAUGGCGGAGUUUAGACAAUUAUGCAAAGACGAAAUGAUGAUAAAAGAAGUUCCGAUGAUGACCGAGUUUUUAACUGACGAAUGGUGAUAGGUCAAAGAUUGUAGACUAUGUGAUAGCGCAUAUUAAUCAUAUUUUAAUCAGAGUAAAAUCUCUAUCUAAUGGAGAUAAAUUCAUAUCGCAGUACUCUUGGCCUUUGUCGGCGGUAACUUUGUGUAUGAUAUGAAUUAAAUGUAUAUAACACUCUGUCAUAUCAAGAUUAAAUCGUGUAGGUUCUUGAAUUAAAAUUAUUCCCAUCUUUGUACAUGUACAAUGUCAAACUCCAAAACAUUAUUACAACCCUUUAUUGGUAUUGUUUGACAAUAUUCUUGCACGGAGGUUGGGUACAAUGUGUAUUAUAGUAAUACAAGUAGGCCUUCGCAGCUAGAAAAGUGUUCAUAUGACAACAGUAAAGGCUGGUAUGUGCCGGUUAUGAAAUGAACGAUGUAAAUGUGUAUCAAAUGUUGAACAUAAUGUAUAUACAGUAAACAUUUUUUACGAAUUCUUUCUCCAAAACAGCCUUUUAGAGUCUGUAUGUUGAUGUGUUUGUUCAUAUGAAAAGUUAGCAAAAGCUCAAGCCUCUGUUCUGUGCUUAUUAUUUGAUCCAUAUAUUAAAGGCCAUGAGGGUAGAAAUGUUUUUAUUGUUUUAAAUAAUGACGCCACGUCUAACGAAAAUAAAAGACUAGAUGGUAACAGCUUUAA